AUGAACUUCCCUAUUCUGGGUGAGAAUCCAUUACUGCUGAAAGAACUGAAUCUGAGUGACAAUAAACUGAGAGAUCUGGACGGAGAGAAACUUUCGGCUCUAUUGAUGGACUCUCAUAGUAAAGUGGAGAAAAUCAGAUUGAAUAACUGUGAGCUGACAGAGAAACAGUGUUCAGCUGUAGCUGCUGUUCUGUCCUGUAAAACCCUGGUGAGAGAGAUGAAUCUGAACAACAGUCGUCUGCUGGAUUCAGGACUCAAACACAUCUGUGACAAACUGAAGAAUCCUCAGUGUCAACUCCACAUACUCAAGUUGAAUAAGUGUGAUCUUACAGAUGAAAGUUGUUCAGCUUUGGCUUCAGUUCUCAGUUCAGUCUGCACCAGUCUGCAGGAUCUUGAUCUGAGUAAUAAUCAUCUUCAGGAUUCAGGAGUAAAGCAUCUCUCCGAUGGACUGAAGAAUAACUGUAAACUACACACACUCAGAUUCUUGAAGAGUCGUGAUGCUGAAGCAGCUUGUGUUUCUCUGACUGAAGUUCUGGGUGAGAAUCCAUUACUGCUGAAAGAACUGAAUCUGAGUGACAAUAAACUGAGAGAUCUGGACGGAGAGAAACUCUCGGCUCUAUUGAUGGACUCUCAUAGUAAAGUGGAGACAAUCAGAUUGAAUAACUGUGAGCUGACAGAGAAACAGUGUUCAGCUGUAGCUGCUGUUCUGUCCUGUAAAACCCUGGUGAGAGAGAUGAAUCUGAACAACAGUCGUCUGCUGGAUUCAGGACUCAAACACAUCUGUGACAAACUGAAGAAUCCUCAGUGUCAACUCCACAUACUCAAUCUGUCUGAGUGCAGUAUAACAGAAGGAGGUUACAGAUGUCUGUCUGAAGCUGUGAGAUCAAACCCUUCACAUCUGAUCUCACUGGAUCUCACUGGAAAUGAUCCUGGACCAUCAGGAGUCCAACUCAUCUAUCAGUUAAUACAAGAUACAAACUGUGCACUGAACACUGUGAGGUUCUUGAGAAGUUCUUCUGCUGUGGAAGCAUUUAAGUAUCUGAAGACUCUUGGUAUAAACGCUUUACUCCAGAGUGAACUGAAUCUGAGUAAUCGUGUACUAUACGAGUCAAGAGUGAGACAGAUCUCUGAUCUACUGCAGGAUAAACACUGUAAGAUCAACACACUCACACUGUGGGAUUGUGGUCUAACAGAAGAAAGUUGUUCAUCUUUAGCUUCAGUUUUAAGCUCAAACUCCAGUGUGACAGAGCUCGACAUGAGUAACAAUUAUCUUCAGGAUUCAGGAGUGAAGAAACUACAGAAAGGACUAGAACAUACCAACUGUAAACUGAAGAAACUCUGCCUGUCUGAGUGCAGUAUAACAGAAGCAGGUUACAGAUGUCUGUCUGAAGCUGUGAGAUCAAACCCUUCACAUCUGAUCUCACUGGAUCUCUCUGGAAAUGAUCCUGGACCAUCAGGAGUCAAACUCAUCCAUCAGUUAAUACAAGAUACAAACUGUGCUCUGAACACUGUGAGGUUCUUGAAAAGUUCUUCUGCAGUGGAAGCUGUUGAGUAUCUGAAGACUCUUGGUAAAGACCCUUUACUCCAGAGAAAACUGAAUCUGAAUAAAUGUAAACUAGACGAGUCAAGAGUGAGACAGAUCUCUGAUCUACUGCAGGAUAAACACUGUAAACUCAACACACUCACGUUGAAUUCUUGUCGUAUCACAGCAGAAGGUUGUGCUGCUCUCACAGCAGCUUUAAAUGAGAAUCCAUCACAUGUGAAAGAGCUGAAUCUGAGUGGAAAUACACUGGGAGACUCAGGAAUCAAGAACAUCUCUCAUCUGAUGAAGAAUUCACUGUGUGAUGUUCACAGAGGAGCUUCUGGUCCAUCAGCUCCCUCUACUGUACAGGAGUGA